AUGCUUAAGGAAGCGAAAUAUGAUUGGGAACAAAUCGCCGAAAUCCUUCCAAAUCAUGGUACUAAUUGGCAUUUUAUUCCUCCUGCUUCUCCUCACUUCGGUGGCUUAUGGGAAGCUGGAGUGAAAUCGGUCAAAUACCAUCUAAAACGAGUUGUCGGAACUGAGCGGCUAACUUUCGAGGAGCUCACGACGCUUCUAGCCCAAAUAGAAGCGCAUCUGAAUUCGAGACUCCUAUGCCCGCUCUCUGAUAGCCUCGACGAUUUAAAUGCGCUCACCCCUGCGCAUUUCCUAGUUGGUGAUUCGCUACACGCAAUUCCACAAGCGGAAAUAAGACGUCACACAUCUCGACCGAUGGAAACGAAUUCAAGCAAUCACUGA